AGGAGGUACCCGGCCGCAGACGCCCAGGGUAGCUGACAGGGCCGCAGCCGCUCACCCCUCCCUUUCUCGGAACGUGGUUUGGCAGCUGCCGCUGGCACACGCCGCUGGGAAGAGAGGGCUGGGGGCGGGAGAUGACGGUGGAGUGCUCGCUGCUUGGCCCUCUGCGAGCACCGGCUUCCUUCUCCUCGCAGCCAGGGCAGCGGACCUAGCAGGUUUCCUUAUACUCUACCAAAAGCUAUAGUCUGCUUUGGUUAGGUGAUUACUGUGUGCUGGGUGUGAUUAGAGCUAAGGACUCUACUGAUAUUGCCACUUCAUAGACGAUAAAGUGAAGCAUAAAAAGUUUUGUGUUCAAGUUGAGGCCUUGCUGGAGGUGGAAGAAAAUAGAAAAUGGAUUCUUAUUUUUCAGCAGAGAACUCAACUCUUGCCAUUAAUGUGAACGAGACUUUGUCUGCAACCGUAACUCACAGAUUUAAUUCCACCAAUGACCCACCUUCAAUGUCAAUAACGAGGCUCUUCCCAGCCCUGCUAGAAUGCUUUGGCAUAGUCCUUUGUGGCUAUAUAGCAGGACGGGCCAAUAUCAUAACAUCCACACAGGCCAAAGGACUGGGGAAUUUCGUCUCCAGAUUCGCCCUUCCAGCUUUACUAUUCAAAAAUAUGGUUGUACUUAAUUUUUCCAAUGUGGAUUGGGCUUUCCUAUAUAGUAUCUUAAUUGGCAAAGCCUCUGUGUUUUUCAUUGUAUGUGUGUUGACCUUAUUGGUUGCCAGUCCUGAGAGUCGAUUUAGCAAAGCUGGACUGUUCCCUAUUUUUGCUACACAAAGUAAUGACUUUGCAUUGGGAUAUCCUAUAGUUGAAGCUCUGUAUGAAACUACAUACCCAGAAUAUCUCCAGUACAUUUAUUUGGUGGCACCAAUAUCUCUUAUGAUGUUAAACCCCUUAGGGUUUAUCUUCUGUGAAAUCCAGAAGUCCAAAGACACUCAAAAUGCUUCUCAAAAUAAAGUAAAAAUUGUGGGACUUGGGUUUCUGCGUGUGUUACAGAACCCGAUAGUAUUUAUGGUCUUCGUUGGCAUUGCCUUCAAUUUUAUUCUUGACAAAAAGAUCCCUGUGUACAUGGAAAAUUUCCUUGAUGGACUGGCGAAUUCCUUCUCUGGAUCGGCCCUGUUUUACCUCGGGUUGACCAUGGUGGGGAAAAUAAAGCACCUGAAGAGGUCUGCAUUCGUUGUGCUCACUCUCCUCAUCACUGCUAAACUCCUGGUACUGCCCCUUCUGUGCAGAGAAAUGGUGGAGCUGCUGGACAAGGGCACCAGUGUCGUGAACCACACAAGUCUGUCCAACUUCGCCUUUCUCUAUGGCGUCUUCCCCGUAGCCCCCGGCGUGGCGAUCUUUGCAUCGCAGUUCAACAUGGAAGUAGAGAUUAUAACGUCAGGGAUGGUAAUAAGUACAUUUGUGUCUGCUCCAAUCAUGUAUGUUUCUGCCUGGUUAUUGACCUUUCCCACCAUGGAUGCUAAGCCAUUGGCAUAUGCCAUUCAGAAUGUUAGUUUUGAUAUAAGUAUUAUCAGCCUGGUCUCUUUGAUCUGGUCUCUGGCUAUUCUUCUCUUGAGUAAGAAAUACAAGCAGCUUCCUCAUAUGCUUACAACUAAUUUACUCAUUGCUCAGUCUAUUGUUUGUGCUGGAAUGAUGAUAUGGAAUUUUGUUAAGGAAAAAAAUUUUGUUGGACAAAUUUUGGUGUUUGUUCUAUUGUACAGCUCCCUGUACAGCACCUAUUUGUGGACAGGCCUUCUAGCCGUUUCUUUGUUUCUUCUGAAAAAGCGUGAGAGCAUGCAGAUCCCCGUGGGAAUCAUCAUAAUAUCCGGCUGGGGGAUCCCUGCUCUCCUUGUUGGUGUGCUUUUGGUAACUGGGAAACACAACGGAGACAGCAUUGACUCUGCCUUCUUUUAUGGAAAAGAGCAGAUGAUCACCACAGCAGUCACCCUGUUCUGCAGCAUUCUGAUGGCUGGUGUGUCACUCAUGUGCAUGAACCGUACCACCCAAGCUGGUCACUAUGAAGGUUUCGGCCAAUCUCAGAACCACAAACCAGUAGAGCCUGGAAGCACUGCAUUUGAGGAGAGCCCAGCACCAGCAAAUGAGCCAGAACUCUUUACAAGUUCUAUCCCAGAAACAAGUUGCUGUUCCUGCUCCUUGGGAAAUGGUGACGUACACUGUCCAUCAAUAGAGCCAGUAACAACGGCAAGUGCCAGUGGACCUGUGCCUUCUUCCUUUGAGAAAACGGACCACUGUGUGAGUCACUGUGACUCCCGAAGCUGCAUCCUAGCCCAGGAGGAAGAGCAGCACAUGCAGACCGGAGACCCUCAGUUGACCCGCCAUGUCCUGCUGUGUUUACUGCUCAUCAUCGGCCUGUUUGCUAAUCUCUCUAGUUGUUUGUGGUGGCUGUUCAAUCACGAGACUGGACGACUCUAUGUUGAAUUACAGUUUUUCUGUGCCGUGUUUAACUUCGGCCAGGGAUUUAUUUCCUUUGGAAUCUUUGGGUUGGACAAACAUUUAAUCAUCCUACCUUUCAAAAGAAGGCUUGAAUUCCUGUGGAACAAUAAGGAAACAGCAGAAAACAGAGACUCCCCUGUUUCUGAGGAAAUAAAAAUGACCUGUCAGCAAUUUGUCCAUUAUCACCGUGACCUGUGCAUCCGAAACAUCGUCAGAGAAAGAAGGUGUGGCACAAAGACUUCUGCUGGCACCUUCUGUGGCUGUGACCUGGUGAACUGGCUAAUUGAAGUGGGCCUCGCCUCUGACCGUGGUGAAGCUGUGAUCUACGGAGACCGGCUGGUACAGGGGGGCGUCAUCCAACACAUCACCAACGAUUAUGAAUUCCGGGACGAGUAUUUGUUUUACAGAUUCCUUCAGAAGAGCCCUGAACAGAGUCCUGCCGCUGCUGUGAGCAGCCCCCAACAGGAAAGCUAUAAAGAAAUUGGCCACUCAUCUCCAUCCUCACUUUCCCCUAAGACUUAAACUGUGAAGGCGAGAACCCCACGUGGAAUCGUACCCUCUAGGCUCACUGGCACUUUUAGCUGUGGGGCCUCGGGCAGGUUACCUUUCUGAGCCUCCGUCACCUCGCCUGCAAAGGGCAAAUGCAUUCCUACCCCGUACUGACCUGCUCUAACCUUAUGUGCAUGUAAAGCACAUGGAAAACUGACGAGGGGAAGCCUAGAGUUCUGAUACUGAAGACAGUAAUUGCUAUAGGUGCCACUAUCGUCCCGAUAUUUGAAAAUCAUUUCUUUCUGCAACUGUUUGUUAUAAUUUCAAAGUCAGUAUCUAACUGGCUGUUAUUUUUAAAUUGCCAAAGUUGGCAGGCUUGCUGCUCUAAAAAUGAACCCUAAGACAACUUUACACUUACCGAUAACACUUCUCCCAACAGAUUUUUAUUGUUUCUAGUAAAAGGUUUUAUUGUUCUUUCCACUUCUUUGACAAAUACUACCCAUUUAAAAAUUAAAACUUCUGUUUUAUUUUUUGGGUAAGGUCUCAUGUA